AUGCGUAUGAAUAUUGAUCCGGUGUUAAUACAACAUAAAUUUCAAGUAUGGAAGGCUUGGUUUAUAGCAGAGAAGCCAGUAUAUCAGCUGUCUGUUGGGGUGCUUUUUAUUGGUAGGUUUUUUACGUUGAUUUUUGUUGUUUAGAUAUCCGAAUAUUUGAAAACAAGGAAGAUGGUUAGUAAUACAUAUAUAGUAAAUUAAAUUUAAAGCUUUUCAAUUUUUAACUUUUUUUAAAUGCUGCUAUUUUUUUACUUUUUAUGUUUUAGGGUUUCUUUUGUCAUUAAUUAGUCCGUUGUACAAUUUCUUCUCAUUCACUUCGAGUAGCUUGUUCUUAUUACACGUUUGGCGACCGUUUACUGCUGCCAUCGCUGAAACAAAUGUAUUUAUGUUGUUGUGGUCAGUAUUGGCCUUUCAUCAGCUAACGGAAGUGAUCUCACCCCUCUGGGGAUUGUUGGAAAUACUAAAGUUUGGAUUGAUUGUACAUUUAUCGAGUUUGGUGGCCUUAUCAUUGAUAUCACUGGGUUGUUUCUCAUUGUUUGGAGCUGUGGACUUUUUCUACUUUGAAAAGCUGAAUGGUUUGGCUUCAGUUAAUGUCGCUGCUCUUGUGGCGGUUAAACAGGUUAGUUUUAAAGGUGCAUUUAACAAUUUAAAGUGUAAAAGGUAGCAUAAAUUAUUUUUUAGUCUUGUUUCAUUUUUUUGCUCUAUUUUUGUAGUUUUAUAUGAUCUUUUUAUUUAUUACUUUAUAGACAAGAUAAAACCAGGUUUUAAGUAAAAAGAUUAUAAAAAGACGUUGCGUUUUCUUAAAAACAUACUUUUUUUUAGUUUCUACCGGAUACAGUGUUAAUAACGACAUCAAAAGGUCGUCUGAAGAACAACCAUCUACCUCUAUCAGCGCUUACUGUAGUAAUAUUGGCAUAUUUUGUUGGCUUAGUCAGAUUUGGCGUGAUAUUUCAAGUAGCUAUGGGUAUUCAAGUGUCUUGGACGUAUCUCAGGUUUAUUCAAGUUCGAGACUCAAGGCCAGACGAGAAGGGCGAUCAGAGCGAUCACUUUGCUUGGCAUACGUAAGUUUGAAGUCUUUUUAUGGAUUCUAAUGAGUUAUCUUUGAAAAAAAGUGUUUUUCUUUACUAAGAAAAGCAUAUUUCCUAACCACUGUCAUGUUGUAGUAUAACAUAAAUGCUUUGUAGUCUGUUUCCUCGAAUUACACAGCCCGUAGCGCAAAUUCUCGGGAGGAUAUGUUACAGAACCUUGGUGAAGCUAAAAUUGUUCAAGAAGGUGGAUAAAAUGAUAUUGCCACAGCUGAAUGAGGAAGCCAUGUUUGAGCUAGAUUUGGACAGAGAAGCCGAGAGGAAACGGUAAGUUUUGAACUAAUGUAAACUACUUGAAAAAGAGUUGUUGUUAAGAUACAUCUUUGCAGUUUAUACGCAUUUUUUAAAUUUUGUGAGUUUUUUUUCGGUUUGAAUGUGGAUCAACGGUAGCAUCAAAAUGUAUUUAUAAAUGUCUUUGUAAUCAGUUGUGUGAUUUUUUAGUCAAAUUGCUUUGCGAGAGUUACAGUCACGCCUGAUGCAACAGAAACGGUCGUCUCCGAUUCCUCCGUCACGAUCGAAUCAACAAUUGGCUCCAGUGCUUGAGGCAAAGGAACCCCAAUCUCUCCCCGAAAAGCUUCCGCCUUUGGAUUUGGGCGUGGAGUAG